AUGGAGACUGCCAGGCCUGAGCUACAGCCUCGGCCGCGCCAACUGCCUCGGGCGACGCCUUCGCGUCCGCUGCGCCCCGCUCCGCCCUCGCUGCCAGUCGAAGGCAGAUCCUUUCGGGCAGCGGCCUCCUCGCCCUCGCCGCCCGCCCCGUGCGUGGCCACCAUUGUGACCAUGGCCUCGUCCUGCGCCGAGGCUCCAGCGUCGGGCCUGCAGCCCAGGACGCGGCGGGUGCUCCAGGUGAAGCCAGAGCAGGUGCUGCUGCUGCCACCCAGGCCUCUGCUGCCUCAGGUCCAGGACCCGGGCGGCCCCGCCCCGCCCGCGCAGGCGCAGGCGCAGGCGCAGGCUCAGGCGCAGGCCCGGCUGCUGCAGCUGAGGCCCGAAUUGCUGCUGCUGCCGCCCGCACCCCAGGGCGCCCCCUACAGGCCCGAGCUGCGCCCCAUGCAGCCCCAGACGCCGCAGAUUAAGAUCGAGAAGCAGGCAGAGCCGGGCUUUGGCUUGGACCCGGCCACCGGACCUUGCAGGGCCGUCCAGGCUGGUGCUCGAACCUCCAGGGCGGCCAAGGUAGACGACCACGGGCUGGCCCUCGACAGCCAUCGAGGGGAGGAGAAGAAGGGCAUGCUGGGGACAGAGGUCAUGAAGGAUGCAGCGGGCGGUGAGGACAAAAGCCUGGCUGCCCUUGUUGGGGAUCGAGUCGUCAAAACCGAGGACCCCGAGGACCACCCCGGGGACUGCAGACUGGGCACGGCGUCCGCCGCCCUGAUCCACGACAGCAAAGAGGUCAUCCUGGCCCAGCCGCCGGGCGCCUUAGGCCUGCAGCAGCAAGACCUCAGGAUCCCUUUGACUCUGCACCCCGUUCCCCCGGGGACCCGGAUCCAGUUCCAGGGGCCUCCACCUUCAGACCUGAUGCGGUUGACCAAGGUCCCCCUGACACCAGUGCCAAUUAAAAUGCAAUCCUUACUGGAGCCAUCUGUAAAAAUAGAAACCAAAGAUGUCCCGCUCACCGUGCUUCCCUCAGACGCAGGAAUACCAGAUACUCCCUUCAGUAAGGACAGAAAUGGUCAUGUGAAGCGACCCAUGAAUGCAUUUAUGGUUUGGGCGAGGAUUCACCGACCAGCACUAGCCAAAGCUAACCCAGCAGCCAACAAUGCAGAAAUCAGUGUCCAGCUUGGGUUAGAAUGGAACAAACUUAGCGAGGAGCAAAAGAAACCUUAUUAUGAUGAAGCACAGAAGAUUAAGGAAAAGCACAGAGAGGAAUUUCCUGGUUGGGUCUAUCAGCCUCGUCCAGGGAAGCGAAAACGCUUUCCUCUAAGUGUUUCCAGUGUAUUUUCUGGUACCACACAGAAUGUUAUCUCUACAAAUCCUACAACAGUUUAUCCCUACCGUUCACCUACCUACUCCGUGGUAAUUCCCAACCUGCAGAACACCAUCACUCAUCCAGUUGGUGAAGCCACACCUGCCAUCCAGCUGCCCACACCCGCGGUCCAGCGCCUAAGCCCCAUCACCCUUUUCCAGCCCAGUGUCUCCAGCAGUGCCCCGGUGGCCAUCCAGACUCCAAGUCUGCCACUGUGCCCAGCAGUUGCACCGCAGCAUUUCACUGGGCCUUCACAAGCUGAUGCUCAUCUGCUGCCUUCUGGACCCAGUCACGUGUUGAAGAGAUCACCUCCCGACCCUCCCGAGAGCACCAGCAGUAUCCCAACCAGUGCAAGUACCACCAAUGCCAGAUUUGCAACCCCAGCCAUCCAGCCUCCCAAGGAGUACUCCAGUGGAUCUGCCUGUCCCAGAAGUGCUCCCAUCCCCCAGCCUUCUCCCAUGCCACAUUCGCACGUCUACCAGCCACCUCCCCUUGGCCACCCAGCCACACUGUUUGGGACACCACCACGAUUCUCUUUUCAUCACCCCUACUUCCUACCUGGACCUCACUACUUCCCAUCAAGCACGUGCCCUUACAGCCGGCCUCCCUUUGGCUAUGGAAACUUUCCAAGUUCAAUUCCAGAAUGCCUGGGUUACUAUGAAGACAGAUACCAAAAACAUGAGUCUAUGUUCUCAGCUUUAAAUAGAGACUAUUCCUUUAAAAAUUACUCAGAGGAGCGCACACACCAUGAAGAUUCUUGGAGCUGCGAGAACUUAGGUGGGACCUCUUGCUAUAAUCACAGCCACGGUGGGGAAGAAUACCUGAAUGCCAUCCCUCAUCUGGAGCUUGGAGCCUUGGAAAACGUGUUCACAGUCCCUACAUCGACUCCCUCUAGCAUCCAGCAAGUCAAUGUUAUUGACAGUGAUGAGGAGGAAGAAGAAAAAGUGCUCAGGAAUUUAUAAUUCUAAAACACAGAUGCACAGAAAAUAAACAUUUCUUAAAAUAUA